CAGGGCGCCGCCGGCCGCUCGGCCUGGCCCACAGGGGGUGCGGGGCGCGGUCCUCCUGCGUCGGCCUGGAUGACCCCCACCGUGGCCCGCGCCCCGCGGGGCUGGGCUGGCCGGAGGCCGCGGAGCCGCCCUGCCUCGGCAGGCUCUGGCGGCCCUCAAAUCAAGGCCUCCGCUGUUCCGGGAGUGGCAGGGAUCAGAUUUUGCACCCAGAUCAAUGCCUGCGUCCCCUCCAUCCCGCCGCCGCACCCAGAGCUGGGCGGAGCCUUUCCUCAACAGGUGAAGGUUUCUUUAAACUGCUUGAAGACAAUAAUUCAAAAUGCCUGAAAAUCUUGCUACAGAUAAACUGCAGGUCCUACAAGUUCUCGAUCGCCUGAAAGCGAAAUUGCAGGAGAAGGGUGACACGUCACAGAAUGAGAAGAUAUCUAUGUUUUAUGAGACACUAAAGAGUCCUCUCUUCAACCAGAUACUCACGCUUCAGCAGUCCAUCAAGCAACUCAAGGGGCAACUUAGCCAUAUACCUCCAGAUUGUUCAACCAACUUUGAUUUUUCUAAGAAAGGUUUAUUAGUGUUCACAGAUAGUGCCAUUACUAACGGAAAUGCCCAGAGGUCCUCUAAUAACUUGACUGCAUCUGGGUUAUUUCCUUGGACCCCUAAGUCAGGAAAUGAAGACUUUAACUCAAUCAUUCAACAGAAAGCUCAGGGCCGGCAAAUUGAAUAUAUAGAUAUAGAAAGGCCUUCAGCUGGAGGCCUUGGAUUCAGUGUGGUGGCUCUUAGAGGUCAGAAUCUGGGAGAAGUUGAUAUCUUCGUGAAGGAAGUACAGCCAGGGAGUAUAGCGGACAGAGACCAAAGGUUAAAGGAAAAUGACCAGAUACUGGCUAUCAAUCACACACCACUGGAUCACAACAUUUCCCAUCAGCAAGCAAUUGCAUUACUACAACAAACCACUGGAUCUUUGAGUCUGGUUGUGGCCAGGGAACCAGUCCACACAAAAAGCAAUGCUUCUACCAGCCUAAAUGAUACAAUUCUGCCUGAAACAGUUCGUUGGGGCCAUAUUGAAGAUGUUGAGCUCAUUAAUGAUGGCUCUGGAUUAGGUUUUGGAAUAGUUGGAGGAAAAUCAAGUGGUGUGAUUGUGAGAACUAUAGUUCCUGGAGGAUUAGCAGAUCGAGAUGGAAGACUCCAUACAGGGGAUCACAUCUUGAAGAUUGGUGGCACAAAUGUGCAAGGAAUGACCAGUGAGCAAGUUGCGCAGGUGCUGAGGAACUGUGGGAAUUCAGUCAGGAUGCUUGUUGCAAGAGAUCCAACUGGUGAAAUUUCUGUAACCCCUCCUACACCUACAGCCUUACCUGUUGCCCUGCCUGCUGAGCCCAACAGGAGCCCUAGUUCUGACAGUUCUACCCUUUUUGAAACUUAUGAUGUUGAACUCAUUAAAAAAGAUGGACAGAGUCUUGGGAUUAGAAUUGUUGGCUAUGUUGGAACUGCUCAUACAGGGGAAGCUUCAGGGAUAUAUGUGAAAAGUGUGAUACCUGGCAGCGCUGCAUACAACAAUGGCCAAAUUCAAGUGAAUGACAAAAUAGUUGCUGUCAAUGGUGUGAAUAUUCAGGGUUUUGCCAAUCAGGAUGUUGUUGAAGUAUUACGAAAUGCGGGGCAAGUGUUACAUCUAACCCUUGUUCGAAGGAAGACAUCCUCAUCAGCUUCUGUACUUGAACAGCCUUCAGACAGAGGAACUGUUAUAGAACCACCAAAAACACCAGCCCUCUUUCUAACUGGAGCAGUGGAAACAGAAACUAAUUUGGAUGGUGAAGAUGAAGAAACUGAAGAAAAAAUGGAUAAUCUAAAAAAUGACAACAUACAAGCCUUAGAAAAACUGGAAAGAGCCACAGACUCUCCAGAAAAUGAGCUGAAAUCCAGAUGGGAAAAGCUAUUGGGUCCUGAUUAUGAAGUAAUGGUUGCUACUUUGGACACACAGAUUGCAGAUGAUGCUGAGUUACAGAAAUAUUCAAAGCUCCUGCCCAUCCACACUCUAAGACUUGGCAUGGAAGUGGAUUCCUUUGAUGGGCACCAUUAUAUCUCUUCGAUUGCUCCAGGUUGUCCUGUUGAUACACUGAGCCUCCUUCAGCCAGAGGAUGAACUUCUUGAGGUCAAUGGUGUACAGCUCUAUGGGAAAUCUCGCCGAGAAGCAGUCUCCUUUCUUAAAGAAGUGCCACCUCCCUUUACCUUGGUUUGCUGUCGACGGUUGUUUGAUGAUGAAGCGUCUGUAGAUGAACCAAGGACCACUGAACCCUCUCUACCGGAGAAGGAGGCUGACCACAAUAUAGAUGUCAAUGCUGAAGAAGAUGAUGAUGGGGAAUUAGCACUGUGGUCUCCUGAAAUCAAGAUUGUCGAACUAGUGAAAGAUCAUAAAGGCCUGGGAUUCAGCAUUUUGGAUUACCAGGACCCCUUAGAUUCCACAAGAUCAGUGAUUGUGAUUCGUUCCCUGGUGGCGAAUAGUGUUGCAGAGAAAAGUGGAGAACUAUUACCUGGAGACCGCCUGGUCUCAGUCAAUGAACACUGUUUGGACAACACCGUACUUGCUGAAGCUGUGGAAGUGUUGAAAGCUGUGCCACCAGGCACUGUACGCCUUGGCAUCUGUAAGCCUUUGGUGGAAAAUGAUAAAGAGGAAGAAAGUUAUAUUUUGCAUUCAAACACUAAUGAAGACAAGACUGAAAUUUCAGAAACAAUUCAUGAUAUAAAUUCAUCUUUAAUACUUGAAGCCCCGAAGGGAUUUAGAGACGAACCCUAUUUUAAAGAAGAACUUGUGGAUGAACCAUUUCUAAAUUUGGGGAAAUCUUUCCAGUCCCAACAAAAAGAGAUUGACAGCAGCAAAGAGGCCUGGGAAAUGCAUGAAUUUCUGACUCCCAGAGUGCAGGAAAUGGGUGAAGAAAGAGAAAUGCUUGUUGAUGAAGAAUAUGAGCUAUAUCAAGAUUGCUUGCAGUCCAUGGAGUUGUAUCCCUCAUCACAUGUUCAACAGGCUGCUCCUGUUGCAUCCAUGAAGGAAAUUUACUUUCGUACCCAGUGGUUACAUGAUAGUGAACCACCUAAGCCUCAAGAAGCAAGAUCUGUGAUGAGUGUAUAUUCUCAGGAGAAACAGCAAUAUGGCUAUAGCACUGAAAACAUGAUGAAAGAAAAUUUUGGCAUCGAUUCCCUACCCUCUAUACCCUCAACUGAAGGAAACAGUCAACAAGGCAGAUUUGAUGAUCUGGAAAAUCUUAAUUCAUUAACAAAAAGCAGUCUGGAGUUAGGCAUGAUGAUGCCAAACGAAGUCCAAAGUCCUGGCUUGCUUGUGGAACUUCCUCCUAUGGCCCAGAGAAGGGAGCAAGAAGAUUUGCCCUUAUACCAACUCCCCAGGAACCGAGUUGUUUCCAGGACCUCAGCAUACACAGGAAUGUGUUCUUCUAGAUAUGCCACUGAUGCAUACGAGUUACCUGAGAGAGAAGAAGGUGAAGGAGAAGAAACUCCAAACUUCAGCCACUGGGGUCCACCAAGAAUUGUUGAGAUUUUUAGAGAACCCGAUGUGUCUCUUGGUAUUAGUAUUGUUGGUGGACAAACCGUUAUAAAACGCCUAAAGAAUGGAGAGGAGCUUAAAGGCAUAUUUAUCAAACAAGUUUUAGAAGAUAGUCCAGCAGGAAAAACAAAUGCUCUUAAAACUGGAGAUAAAAUACUUGAGGUGUCUGGAGUAGAUUUGCAGAAUGCCUCACACAGUGAAGCAGUCGAGGCCAUUAAGAAUGCAGGAAAUCCCGUGGUGUUCGUUGUUCAGAGCUUGUCAUCCACUCCAAGAGUCAUUCCUAGUGUGUAUAACAAGGCCAACAAAAUCACUAAUAACCAGGACCAAGAUACCCAAGAAAACAAAGAAAAGAGGCAAGGAACAGCUCCACCUCCAAUGAAACUGCCACCGCCUUAUAAAGCUCCAUCUGAUGACAGUGAUGAAAAUGAAGCGGAGUAUGCAUUUACCAACCAGAAAAUCAGGCAAAGAUAUGCAGAUCUGCCUGGAGAAUUGCACAUUAUUGAACUAGAAAAGGAUAAGAAUGGCCUUGGACUCAGCCUUGCUGGUAACAAAGACAGGUCACGCAUGAGUAUCUUUGUGGUGGGAAUUAACCCAGAAGGACCCGCUGCCACAGAUGGACGAAUACGUAUUGGAGAUGAACUAUUAGAGAUAAACAAUCAGAUCCUGUAUGGAAGAAGUCACCAAAAUGCAUCUGCCAUUAUCAAGACGGCCCCAUCAAAGGUCAAGCUUGUUUUCAUCAGAAAUGAAGAUGCAGUCAAUCAGAUGGCUGUUACUCCCUUUCCAUUACCAUCAAGUUCCCCAUCUUUUAUUGAGGAUCAGAGCAGCACUGAACCUGUUAGUAGUGAGGAAGACAGCAGUCUCGAAAGUGGUAUUAAACAGUUGCCUGAAAGUGAAAGCUCCAAACUGGAAGACAUCUCCCAGGUGAUUGGUCAAGGUGUGGUAGCAGAUCAGCAGAAGGUGCUGGAGUGCCCAACGGACAAUGCUGCCAGCCAGGUGAAACAACAAAAAUGUUCGACGAAAGUCCCCUUCAAUUCACAAGAGAUACCUUUAGCAUCAACUCCACCAUACAAUUCAACAGAUACAGACUCCACAGGCUAUGGUGGUCUCCAGGCUCCUCUGUCAGUGGACCCUGCCACGUGUCCCAUUGUCCCUGGCCAGGAAAUGAUUAUAGAAAUAUCCAAGGGACAUUCAGGGCUUGGUCUCAGCAUUGUGGGAGGAAAAGACACACCCUUGGAUGCUAUAGUUAUACAUGAAGUUUAUGAGGAAGGAGCAGCAGCCAGAGAUGGAAGACUUUGGGCUGGUGACCAGAUAUUAGAGGUUAAUGGGGUUGAUCUGAGGAGCGCCUGCCACGAAGAAGCCAUCACAGCCCUGAGACAGACCCCCCAGAAGGUACGAUUGGUCGUGUAUAGAGAUGAGGCACACUACAGGGACGAGGAGAACUUGGAGAUUUUCCCUGUAGACCUGCAGAAGAAGACCGGCCGAGGACUGGGCCUGAGCAUCGUUGGGAAAAGAAAUGGAAGUGGAGUGUUUAUUUCUGACAUCGUGAAAGGUGGAGCUGCAGACCUUGAUGGAAGAUUGAUUCAGGGAGAUCAGAUCUUAUCUGUGAAUGGAGAGGACGUGAGAAAUGCCUCACAGGAAACAGUGGCCACUAUCCUCAAGUGUGCACAGGGGCUUGUGCAGCUAGAGAUUGGAAGGCUCCGAGCUGGUUCCUGGACCUCCUCGAGGAAGACAUCACGGAACAGUCAGGGAUGUCAGCGUAGCACACACAGCAGCUUUCAUCCUUCCCUCGCGCCUGUCAUCACCAGCCUGCAAAACCUGGUCAGCACAAAAAGAGCUUCGGAUCCUUCCCCCCAAAAUUCAGCCACAGAUGUGAGACCAAGGACCGUUGAGAUAAACAGGGAGCUCAGUGAUGCCCUUGGAAUCAGUAUUGCUGGAGGAAAAGGAAGUCCCUUAGGAGAUAUCCCAAUAUUUAUUGCCAUGAUUCAGGCCAGCGGUGUGGCUGCACGUACACAGAAGCUUAAAGUUGGAGAUCGAAUUGUCAGCAUUAAUGGGCAACCUUUGGAUGGGCUGUCUCACGCGGACGUGGUUAAUCUGCUGAAGAACGCCUACGGGCGCAUUAUCCUGCAGGUCGUAGCAGAUACCAAUAUAAACGCCAUAGCAACUCAGCUUGAGAACCUGUCUACGGGCUACCACCUUGGUUCACCCACUGCUGAACACCAUCCACAAGACGCAGAAACACCUCCACCUAAGAUUAUUACUUUGGAGAAAGGCUCUGAAGGAUUGGGGUUUAGUAUUGUAGGGGGUUAUGGAAGUCCCCAUGGAGACCUGCCAAUUUAUGUCAAGACUAUAUUUGCAAAGGGAGCAGCUGCAGAUGACGGCCGAUUGAAGCGAGGUGAUCAAAUUUUAGCUGUUAAUGGCGAGACGCUAGAAGGUGUUACUCAUGAGCAAGCUGUGGCCAUUCUCAAACGCCAGAGAGGGACUGUAACCUUAACUGUGCUGUCGUGAGCCUUGGGUCCUGAUCACAAGAUAGAUGUUGUAGAAUAUCCAUAGAAAGAUGAAGUUCUGAGAGAGGAUGCAAAGCAACCUCAACUAAAAUCCACCUUUAUUCUUACCAUCUCAUCCUUUCUGCUCAGGAGAAAUGGCUGAGGUUUCACGUGAAUUUCCUGAAUCAGUUGUCACCUCUCUAAUGUUUCCCAGCAUCUGUCAGCUCUUGGUAAAGUUAAUUUCUAAAACUCGAAUGAGUCUUAUCUGCUUUGCAUUUAGCAUCGAUGUUUAUCAGCUAGUUAUGACUGGUUCUGAUUAUAUUUGCUGAAACUGGAGUUAGCAACUACUCAUUCCUUAUUCCCUUCUCUCCCUACUGAUAUGGAAGCUUAACAGUAGCCUCAGAUUUCAUCUGAUGAACAGAAACAAAUGUUAAGCAACUUGUCAUCUCACUCAUGAUUUAGUUAUGCUAAUUGUCUCUUCAAGUGCGCCAGAAAACAUUAGCAGUGUAAUUAAUUUACCAGUGAUCCCCAUGAUGAAAUACCAAAUUCUCCUAUGGGAAAUUACUGUGCUCUCUUCUGUACAGCUUACAGUCAAAUAUGUCUCAAAUUCAUUUCUCUGGAUAGAUCUUUAUACAUUAGUCAUUGGUGAUUAUGAUGAGUCAAUUUGCAGGCUGUAAUCUAAAAAUUCUGAAAGGCCUUUUAAUUGUUUUUUUUUAGCUACAUAAAUGCAUACCACUGAGCAAAAGCACCUUAUUCUCAACAGGAAUAAUUAGCAUCCAUGUUGUGAAUUCUGACAAUGCUAAAUUAUGUUCAAGUCCAAGAAGUUCAUCUGGAAUUAAUGGCAUCUCAGUAGGCGGCCAUUAUUCCCACCCCUCAGUCUUCAGACAAGGAGAUGGAAACUCCAGAACCACACUGCAGUGACCAGCAAGUUUUGCCUUAAGCCAGAUGAGGUCUGGGCGGCCUUGGCCUUGUGGAGCAUGAAGUAACAAGUUUGAGUAUCCUUCCUCUUGGCUCCAUACUGGUCAUUCUAGCAGCACAGACUGUAGCAACAUAGAUGAAGCAGUGUACUUAGCCACAAAGUGACUGAGCAAAUGAGCUGAGCCUAGGAAUUACAAUGGCUUCUUGGCUGAUGUUUCCUGGUCUCCAGGUUGCCUCCCAUUUACUGUAGUUUUGCAUGCUGACAAAGCAACUACAGCAGAAAAUACAAGAAUACCUUUAAAGAUUAGUUAGGGACAUUUUAUUCAGGCAUUAGCAGGGGAAGAGGGUGGGUGAGGGGGAAUGCGUAUCAGUGACGGCUUUUAGGUUCUUCCAUAAAAAAUGAAGGAUAAGCAGCAGGAUCAUUAAUGGAAGUAGUUGACAUUAUUUAACUAAAACACAAUGCUGCAAGUGAUUCACAGUAAUUAUCGAAAGAUAAUGGGCUCUAAUUUAAAAUAUUAUUUAAUAAGUAUAGAUUUUAAUUGAGAAUUCUCUGUGAGUAGAUGUAAUCACAAAGUGCAUUAACUCUUGUUGGAAUAUUUUGUGGCUAUUCCAAAGUAUAGAGUGCCUAAAUUUUAUGUUGGAAAUGUCUUUCAUGACUAGUAUUAUUAAGUUUUCUGAAAUUACACAUAGCUUUUCAAAUUUCUAAUGUAUCCAAGAUAUGUUGUAUUGUUAGGAUCUUAUCUUUCAAUGCAUGAGAAGCUGUCCACCUCAGAACAGUCUAUGUUAAUUGUAUCUGCAAGAACACCUUAGGCAGCCAUGAAGAAAUAAAUCCCAAUAAAACUUGAACAUGCACCUUAAAAGAAUAUAUAUAUACAUAUACACAUAAUACUUUUGAAAUGUGAUCCUGCUUGAUUUUGAUGGACUGGCCAUUAAAUGCACAUUUUGAAAAUACAUAAUUGUUGUGUGUCUUUACACAUUAUCCUUUUAGGUCACAUUACUAAAAGUCUAUUGAUAAAGGAAAUGUGAUGCUUUUUAUUUUUUGCUGCAGUAAAUUGACAGAAUUAGUGCUUUUCCUAACUCCUUCUGUCUCUACUUGCAUGACUAAUAAAUAAUUGCCUUGCCAAAAAAACUUUUGCAUCAGAAUUUAUUGACAAACUAAGAGGAUAUGAAGAUGGAAAUUUGUGAAAGGAGUAGUUCUCUCAUAGCCACAUAGAUCAUUUUAGCCUCAUCAUUUGGGCCAUUUACAUAUAGUAAUGAUGUCACUAAUGAGAGCACAAGAUGGAAGUAAACCAGGAAAAAUAAAAUUGCUGAAUGUUUGUAUGUACAAGAUGUUGCGAUUCUAAAUAAGUGUAAUUGCCUAUGGAACAAAUGGAGUCUUACUAUAUAUGAAAAAGUUGGAUUUCUGCAUCUGAUUUUAUUUUUUCUUACAGCCAUUUUGUUUCCUAAUAGGAAAAAAAAAAUUCGACUUUUCACAAAGUUUUCCAAUGUCCUAUUAAAAUCUGAGAUUCAUUAA